AUGGCACGGUGCUUCUGUCGCUGGCGGAACAUGUUAAUCUGUGUGUGUACACCAUGCAUGACUGUGAUGCUGUUUUUUGUGUACAUCACUGUGGCACUGUACACCAACCUAUCUGCUUCUAUGAGGGACUUAGAGAGUACUGUGCACCACCUGCUCCAACAACAAAUUCACUUUGUGGCUCCAGGAACUAUUAAAAAUGAGAGUUUUGCACCACUCCCUAAAACUUUCUGGGACCUUCAGCCACAUGGAAAUGCAAUUUGGAACCAGCUGCAGAUUGCCAUUGACCGCUCCAUCAAUCCCAUCCUGCAUCCCAACAGGAGGAGGUUCAUCAAAAAUAGAGAUGACGAGCUACUCAUGAAUAAAAUCUCUCUGUUUACUAAUUCAGUCAUAGUUAAUGAUUCUGACAAUCUUCCACAGCAGAUACGAAGAUUUUUGACCCACAUGCACAGAAGGGACUAUCCAAUCCUCAUCCAUCCGAGUGGAAUGUGUGGAGUGGGGUCAAAUAAAGAUAAGGGGCGUCCUCUUCUUCUCUUUGCCAUCAAAACAACAGUGGACGACUUUAAGAACCGGCAUGCUAUUCGAAACACCUGGGCUAAGGUUGGCUGGGUGGCAGGGCAGAGAAGAAACAGCAGCACAGGAAGAAAAGGCGGAGCUUACAUCCGCAGGGUGUUCCUGCUCGGUAAACAAAACACUCAGAAGAUGGGCGUGGAUCAUUCUGAGUUACUACAGAUGGAGAAUGACCAUCAUGGAGAUAUUCUCCAGUGGGACUUUGAGGACACAUUCUUCAACUUAACCUUGAAAGAUGUGCUCUUCUGGAGCUGGUUCUCAAGUUUCUGCAAAGGGACUCACUUUGUCUUUAAAGGAGAUGAUGACGUCUUUGUUAACACCCCAGCUAUGAUCGAUUAUCUCCACAGUCAGCUAACGAAGCCCAACACAACCGACACCAUGAGGGACUUCAUGGUGGGAGACGUCAUAAAUGCAGCAAUGCCAAUCCGUGAAAACAACUCAAAGUACUUUAUCCCAGAAUCGUUCUACAAGGGCGUCUUUCCUUCAUAUGCAGGUGGCGGAGGGGUGGUGUAUUCAGGCCUGCUGGCCAAAAGGCUGCACCACGUAUCUAAACGGGUUCACCUGUUCCCCAUUGAUGAUGUUUAUGUAGGGAUGUGCGUGCUCAGACUGAACGCGUCACCCAUCGUUCAUCCCGCCUUCUUAACCUUUGAUUUCCAAAAAGGUGAGAAGCUGCACAAAUGUACAUAUCACACCAUCUUACUGGUCCGCAAGCGAAACCCUGCUGAGAUCCUUAAACUGUGGGCUUAUAUGAAAAAGAGACAGCAGCAGUGCUGGCACGUCAGGCUGAGGGACAAAGAGACAGCGCGUUACCAAAGACUGCACCACACCGCUGAUUUCAUUUAA